AGAAGAGGAAUGCAUAAGGCAGCGGUAAACAUCACUGGUAGCUUGAAAACUCACGCACAUGCAGACGCAUUAACACACAUAUACAGUUCCAUGCAGCUCCCGAGGGUUUCAGUAGGAAUUUAAGACAACUUGUGUUCGUUUCGAUCAAACAGGUUUACAUAUCUCACCGAGUGUCUCUAUGGGUCUCCGGUGCUGUGCUGUACUGCUGCUGCUGUGUGUUUUCGACUUUGCCUCAGCCACUGAUGUAGCUGACUACGGAGGGGUUCCGCUGUGGAUUAAUCGCCUUUUGGGUGAGCCCAGUGUGAUGAGCCUGCAAGAACGGAUGGACGCAGCCUGGUUUCGAGCCAACAACCCCCAGUCCUGCCCUAUACAGUGUGACUGCCCCAUCCAAUGGCCCACGGCGCUGUACUGUGACCACAGAGGCCUGGCAGACAUCCCUGACCACCUGCCGGAAACAACUCAAUACCUGUUUCUUCAGAGCAACAACAUCUCGUCCUUGUCGUCCUCUUUACUGGCGAACAUUACUGCUCUACGCUGGCUCAUCCUGGACCACAAUCAGCUGCUGGACCUUGUCACGCUGCAGAACCAGACCCAGCUGUGCUACUUUUUUGCCAACUACAACCACUUGAGAUCAGUGCCAAGCGUUCUACCAGCUGGACUCAAGCAGCUGCGACUUGCCCACAACCAAAUUAGCAGCAUCAGCCCAGGAGCUUUUCAGAACCUGCACAACUUGACACUACUGUUGCUGCAGGGAAACAAACUGCAAACCAUCACAGAGGGAGACCUUAAAGGUCUGUUUAAUCUGAACCUGCUGGAGCUCAGUGGGAAUUUGUUCUCAGCUGUCCCCAGACAUUUACCCACUUCUGUCCAGCAGCUCUAUAUGUCCAGUAACACUCUACCUGGGCUGGAUAAAAACAGCUUUGGAGGAUUUCUCAACCUAAAGUAUCUUCGUCUAAGUCACUGUAGUCUGCAGAGCAGUGGCAUCCACCAGCAAGUCUUCAACUUCUCCAGCUUGGUGGAACUGGACCUUUCUUAUAACAAACUUAAAACCAUUCCUACAGUUCCCACCACCCUGCAGUACCUCUACCUGGAGGCCAAUGAAAUACAAGAGUUCAAUGUGAGCAGUUUCUGCAGAGAGUGGGGACCUCUGUCCUACUCCAGAGUGAAGAUCCUACGAUUGGAGGGAAACAGAAUGUCCUACCAACAGCUGCCAUCAAACUGGGCCUUUUGCCUGCGAGUGCUUGAAAGUAUUUACAUCUAAUCCACUCUCUGAAUAUUCAACAACAUAGGGUAACUGUAUGUUACUGGUCAAGCUCAUAUAGAGAGAAAACAAGAGUCAACCUCAUAUUUUUGUUUUGUUAGCCAACUUAUCACUUGUGAAGUCAAACAACUCAGCCUACAGAUACAGCUGACAUGAAUUCAUGACGUCUUCAAUAUGGAGACACACACCCAGCCACUGGAGGAGAGCUAGUGCUGCUCGCUACUUUAUUGGAAAAGAGUUGGAAACAUUGGGCUGUGUUUUUCAAUUGAAUACUUUCAAAAUCUAUCUCACUCUUGCUGGUUUUUCCAGGGUUGUCGACCCAAGCUGAAACUUGUCAAUACCUGAAACUUUUCCCUGUAAAAAAAUGUUUCUUCUAUUUCUUGGGAGUUUUUCCUGAUCCGAUGUGAUCUGAUAUAUGUACACAUUUUAAAUCUCACUUAGACAAAUUAGUAAUUUGUGACAUUGGGCUUUACAAAGUAAACUGAAUUUAAUUGAAUAGUAUAAAGUAAAUAUUUACAAUAGAAAAACAGAUUAUUUGACACGUUAACCUCUUAAACGGAGAUUAUCCUCGUCGUCAGGGAGGCUUACAAUAGACAAUGUUAGAUUAAACCUUAUUUCCAUACAGUGUUUUACAGUAUAUAGCUAAGUAUAUCUAAUGUAUUAAAAAGUUACUUUCUAAUAUCCAUAAUGUAGAAACACCGUUACACGUGGUCAGAGAUGAAUUCCGAAACUGGAAGAAGCAAAUACAGUGAGAUCCCAAUUACCAGCAGCAAAUAUGUCAGUACUGUACUAUUGCUGUUUCCUUGAUAUUUUACUUUAACGAUGCAUUAAAGGAUUUCAAUCUUG